AUGUCCUGGGCGCGUAGCUUCAACACAGCCACCGUCGUCGGUUCAGUCCGACGACAGGCUCCCAUAACUUUAGCGACCCGUCGCUCCCUGGUUCACACCACCGCCACGGCUAUUCCUAAGGACCUUCGCUAUGAUGUGGUGGUAAUCGGCGGAGGGCAUGCUGGCUGUGAAGCCGCUGCCGCAGCGGCCCGUACAGGCGCCCGCACUGCGCUUGUCACUCAGAAACUUGAAACCAUCGGUGAAAUGUCCUGCAACCCGAGCUUUGGCGGGGUGGGCAAAGGCAUCUUGCUUCGGGAAGUUGACGCUCUUGGGGGCGUAGCUCCCACCAUUUGCGACCGCGCUGGCAUCCACUUUCGCGUGCUCAACCGCAGCAAGGGUCCAGCCGUUUGGGGCCCUCGUGCGCAAAUUGACCGCAGCAUCUACCGCAGCGAAAUGCAGCAACACAUGGCAUCCCAGCCAAAUUUGGACUUGAUUGCAGCUGCUGUGGAAGACAUCACCGUCAACGGCGACCACCAAGUGACGGGUGUCGCCUUGGGCAAUGGACAAAUCAUUGGCACACGAGCUGUCGUGGUGACCACGGGCACGUUCCUACGCGGUGUCAUCAACAUAGGUGCAUACUUCACCCCGGCAGGCCGCAAAGGAGAAGGCCCCUCUGUGGGCUUGGCGCAAACGUUGGAAACCUUUGGUUUCAAGCUUGGCCGUCUGCGCACCGGCACGCCCCCUCGCAUCAAAAAAUCAACCGUCUGCUUUGAUGGCCUGCUGGAGCAGCCUUCCGAUUACCCGGCCACUCCUUUUUCCUACCUCAAUGAGCGAGUUGCUCUCGAGGAUUCCUUCAUACAGUGUCAUCUCACUCACACAAACAGUGCUGCCCACCAACUCGUCCACGACACGCUGCAUGAGAAUAAUCAUGUUCGCCAAGAUGCCUUGGGGCCUCGUUACUGUCCCUCUAUCGAGUCCAAGGCAAACCGUCAUCAGGUCUGGCUCGAGCCAGAAGGCUUGGAUUCGGAUGUCAUUUACCCCAACGGCAUCAGCAUGACUAUGCCAGAAGAAGCUCAGCUGCGGUUUGUACGUUCCAUCGCCGGCUUGGAGAAUGCCCAGAUCACGCAGCUUGGGUACGGUGUGUCCUACGAUUUUGUGGAUCCGCGGCAACUUCAUCGCACGCUGGAGACGAAGAUGAUUCAUUCCUUAUUCCUGGCUGGUCAGAUCAAUGGCACAACUGGUUAUGAAGAAGCAGCUUCCCAGGGCAUCAUUGCUGGCAUCAAUGCUGCUCUCAAAGUACGAGGCGAACCUUCCUUCACCGUUGAUCGUACGCAAGCCUACAUUGGCGUGUUGAUUGACGAUCUCGUCACCAAGGGCGUCCUUGAGCCGUACCGCAUGUUUACAUCCCGAGCCGAAUAUCGUUUAUCGCUGCGAAGCGACAAUGCCGAUACUCGCUUGACGGCAUUGGGCCAUGCCUGUGGUGCCGUGGAUGAGCCUCGUUUCCAGCACUUUUGUCAACAGCAGAAAGAGUUGGCCGAGCUGACCCAGCUGUUGGAAUCUGUCGAGCUCACUCCCCAUGAGUGGAACAGUGGAGGCUGGUACAACUCACUCCGGUGUGGUUUGCUCAAACCCUGUAGCGUGGCCAGCAUGAUGGCAUUCGGCUUUGUUUCCGACUCGACCGCAGCCGACUUGGUCCCAGCUCUGCGCUCCUUUAAUCCACGCUUGGUCGAACGCGUCAAGAUUGAGGCAAUGUAUGCGCACAUGAUGAACCGGCAGCGAGCCAGUGCUGAGUCGUACCGUCGCCAAGCCAGUUUGGAGAUCCCGCCCGGCUUUGCCUUUGAGAAGGUUCAUUCGUUGCCCCUUGAGGCGCUUGAGCGAUUGCGUGAGCACGCGCCUCGCACAAUUGGAGAUGCCGCACAAAUUCAGGGCAUUACCCCCGACGCCCUCGCUCGGCUAGUGCGUGCUCUGCAAUCCUAG